AUGGCUCCAUCCGCGCCCAGCUCGGCACACCCCACCCCGCCCAUCUCACCAGACCCCGAGCCCACACCCGUGCAUCGAGUCCUUCUGAUCUUAGACGCCCAAGUCGGCCUGCUAAGUCCGCCUCCGCGCGGCGUACCAAACUCUCAGACACUACGCGCGAACUUGACGCGCAUCCUUGACUCUGCGCGCGCCGCCCCGCAUCGCCCACGCAUUAUCCACGUACGGAAUUGUGGUGACUCUGGAGAUAUAGACCAUACGGGUAGCCCGGGGUGGGAGUUGAUAUUUCGGCCCGAGCUGGACAAGGACGAGCACGUCCUCGAUAAGAAGAAGAAUAAUGCGUUCGCGGGGACGAAGCUGGCGGAGCUGGUACCGGAUGAGGCGUUAUUGGUGGUGAUAGGCGCUCAGAGCGACUUCUGCGUGCGGGCGACAUGCGCGGCGGCGCUUCAGAGGGGGAACGAGGUCAUUGUCAUCCGCGGCGCACAUGGGACGUUUGAUCGGCUUGAGGUGCUCGCCGGCGGCGCUGUCACCAGCGCGAAGGAUGUGAUCAAGGAGAUCGACGCGAUCCUGACGGAAAUGGGAGCGUGGGAGUAUGUGGCGAAGGAAGAGGAGGGACUGGAUACCCAUAGGAAGAGAGGGCAGAGGGAAUGUGGGGGACCGUUGUAA